GUAAUGUACUCUUCCUGCAGGAGCUAUGCCAGGGAAGCAGGACUGUGUAUAAUGGAGGUGACAGUGACUGCAGUGCUGUGUAUGAGAUGAAGGUGACAGUGGGGCCAGUGACUGCAGUGCUGUGGACCAGUGCAGUGCUGUGUAUAAGAUGAAGAUAUCUGGGAUGACAAGUGGUGAUCCAAGCACAAAACCUGCAAACAUGGAGGCACAAGACAUAUGGGACAUCAACGAUCAGUGCCUAGCUCCUUACUCUGAACACGGUGAGCUUAAGGAAGCCGUUAUUAAAUCCAUUGACUAUAAAGAAUCAGACCAACCAUAUGCAGCAGUUUCAUUUUUGGAUGCCAAAGAAAGGAAGGUCCCUUUAUCACAGCUCUGUUCAGUCUCAGGCCCCGGCAGCCCUUGGAACAAAUCCAUGUUUGAUGAUGAAGAUCUGGAGAAGCCUCAUUUCCCAGGCAAGAAACCUACAGCUCCUGCAGAUAAUUUUCCAUUAUCAAACACUGGAAUUUGUGUGCCUUACACCAUCAAUCGAUAUUUACGUGACUACCAAAGAGAAGGUGUCCAGUUCCUGUAUGAACACUAUGAUCGCUCAACAGGAUGCAUACUUGGAGAUGACAUGGGACUCGGAAAGACAAUACAGGUCAUAUCGUUCCUAGCUGCAGUGUUACACAAGAAGGGUACACGAGAAGACAUCGAAAAUAACAUGCCUGAAUUUCUUCUGCGAAGGAUGAGAAAGGAGCACAUAACAUCAUCCACUAAAAGGGUUUUUCUGAUUGUUUCUCCUUUAUCUGUGCUUUUCAAUUGGAGAGAUGAGCUAGAGACCUGGGGAUAUUUCAAGAUUUCAGUCAUUCAUGGAAAUCGGAAAGAUUUUGAACUAUUACGAUUAAGACAAGGGAAAUCUGAAAUUGCUUUAACCACUUAUGAGACACUUCGUCUUUGUUUAGAUGAUCUGAACAGUGUAGAAUGGUCAGCAGUCAUUGUGGAUGAAGUGCAUAAAAUAAAAAAUCCAAAGGCAAGAGUGACUGGGGCCAUGAAAGCUUUAAGGUGCAAAAUUCGGAUUGGACUUACAGGGACUAUACUACAGAACAACAUGGAGGAGCUGUGGUGUGUUGUGGACUGGGCAGUGCCUGGAUGUUUAGGCGGUAAAAAACAGUUUAUCGAAGAAUACUCACAUCCAAUAGAACUUGGCCAAAGGCAUAAUGCCACAAAACGAGAACUAGCUACAGGAAGAAAAGUGAUGCAGAAGCUGGCUUCGAAAAUGUCUUCAUUGUUUCUAAGACGUACCAAGGCCCUUAUAAGUAGCCAGUUACCAAAAAAGGAAGAUCGGAUAGUCUACUGUUCCUUGACUGAGUUUCAAAAGGCAGUCUACCAAACAGUCCUGGAGACUCCAGACGUCAGCUUGGUUCUUCGAGGAAGUGAACGGUGUAGUUGUAAUAGUGGCAAGAAAAGGAGAAAUUGUUGUUACAGAGUAAAUCAAUAUGGUGAAAGUGUGAAGACGCAAUAUUUCAGUUACUUAGCUAUCCUUCGAAAGGUUGCGAACCAUGCAGCUCUUCUACAGUCAGACUCCAAUACCAGCAAAAAGCAGGAGGACCAUAUUCAAAGAAUCUGUGGUGAAGUGUUUUCCAAGUUUCCAGAGUUUAUUCAGCAAAGUAAAGAAGCUGCAUUUGAAACCAUCUCAGACCCGAAGUACAGUGGAAAAAUGAAGGUCCUUCAGCAGCUCCUAAAUCACUGCAGAAAAAAUAAGGACAAGGUUCUUCUUUUCUCUUUCUCCACGAAGCUGCUUGAUGUCUUGGAGCGAUAUUGCAUGGCAUCAGGGCUAGAGUAUCGGAGACUUGAUGGUGGCACAAAGGCAGAAGACAGAGUUAAAAUAGUGAAGGAAUUCAAUAGUAUGCAAGAUGUGAAUAUCUGUUUAGUUUCCACUAUGGCUGGUGGACUUGGGCUUAAUUUUGUUGGAGCAAAUGUAGUUGUAGUCUUUGACCCAACUUGGAAUCCAGCCAAUGACCUCCAGGCAAUUGACAGAGCUUAUCGAAUUGGACAGUGUAGAGAUGUGAAAGUCUUAAGGCUAAUAUCAUUGGGGACAGUGGAGGAGAUUAUAUAUUUAAGACAGGUUUACAAACAGCAACUUCACUGUGUGGCAAUUGGGAGCGAGAAUGCCAAACGUUAUUUUAAAGCUGUACAAGGAUCGAAGGAGCAUAAAGGAGAAUUGUUUGGUAUUCACAACCUGUUCAAACUUAGAACCCAAGGAACCUGUCUGACGAGGGAUAUUUUAGAGCGUGAAGGUCAAGUGGAAGCUGGACUAAAAAGUGCCACAAUGUAUCUAGGUCAGCAGUCAAGUUCUGAUGAUACUAAGAUGGAGGCAGUUGCUGAUGGUGGUGAGAAAACCAUGAAUGUGAAUUCAAAUGAACAGAUUCAGAAAGAGGCUUUUGAUUUUAGUAGUGAUAGCGAUGAUGAUAUUAGGGAAAAUAAAAAAGGCCAUAAAAUCUCUAUAAAAGCUGAAAAUGGAAAGCAACUUACACUGCAGCAAUGUGGACUUUCAGCACUUCUCCAAAAAAGCCCCAAGAAGCAGGAUGAACUUUCCAAAAGUUCCACCAGUAAUUUAAGUGACACCAAAGCAUUGACUAUUCAGAACUGUGUGUUGAGUUCUGAUAAAGACCAUGAAGACAACAAAAUUUACUGGAGCAUAUCACCUGAUUCUGGGGAAGACUCAGACUCCUCAGUCCAAAGUAAGACAAAGUUUACUAAAGCCAAACGUACAGCAGUGGAACCCAGGUUUAGUUCAGAGGAAAGUGAUGACAUUGUCUUUCCUACACAAGUCCGUAGUAGAAGAAGAAGAAUGCUUCCAAAGUCUGAAAAAUCCAGUAUCCACCAAGCAACAGACUCUAGUAAUGACAGUGAUGAGUCUGAUGAUAUUCCAAUACCAAAUAAAAAAAAUUCAGAUAAAUCACAUUUUUCAAACCUAAAAUAUGAACAGUGUCAUGAAAAUAGAGAUGCAGAAAGAAAUUCUCAAACAAUAGAAGCAUUUUCUUCAUCCGAUGAUGAUCAGGUUCUGACCAAGAAGAUGUAUAUUAAUAACCAAGAGCAAACACUUAAAGCAAGAACCUUUAGAAAACCGAACCCAAGUUUUAAAUGGAAAUCUUUAAGGAAGAAUCAAGAUCAUUGUGCCCAUGAAAACAAAAUUAAAAUGGAGAAUAUGGGGACUUUCGACCAAAUGUUAGAUGGGGUUGCUGAAGUUGCCUAUAUGCAUUCAAAUCAAAAUGUGGUUGGAUCAAGUAAAGCAGAGAAUCACAUGAGUCAUUGGGCAGUACGAGAUGUUUUUGAGCUAAAUCAGUUUUCUCAGCUUCCCGCCAAUGUGACAGCGCAUGUAGUAGAGAAAUCUAACUUGGUCAACGAAGAUGGAUUUUCGCAGCAAAGCACCUGGGUUAAAGCACCUGAGGACAACAUUAGUAUGAUGAAUCCAGUGGUCCAAAAAGAGAAAAAAGUCCUUCAGGCCGGUAACGCAACAUUUUUGGUUGGUAGUACGCCUAAAGUGAUAAGAAAGAGACAUUUUGAGCAAAUGGUGACAUAUUUCAAAAUGGCUUCUGGGGAAGAGCUUGCUCGUUAUCUAGUCAGUGUGAAGUCACAUGUGAGACAAGCAAUGCUUAGAGAAUUUUAUACCAAAAGAUAUUCUGAGGUGGAAGAUCUUUACCCAAUUCAGGUUCCUUUAACUGAAAAUGAAAUGAGAGAAAGUAAAUCUAAGGACAAAAAGAACAUAAUCAAAAUGAAAAGAAGAAAGACAUGUGUAACUACAUCCCUAGAAUACACAAAUAAGACUACCAUAUCUGUAGAUUUAAAGAAUAGUGAUAACUCUGGACGGAUAAAUAAAAUGAAUGUGACAAAAACGGAUAGUUUCAAGGACAGGAGGAAUACUGAAUCAUCUCUAACUGUGCCUGUGGAAAAGAGUAGUAACAACUAUGAAAGUAAACUAACUCUACAUAAUACAGACUUGAAAGUGACUGAGCCUGGUACAAGUUCUUCCAAGGAAAUCAAGUAUGUCAAAGAAGACCACUUGUUCAAACAAGAAAAUCUGCCGGGGAAAGUGAAGAGAGACUCUGUUGCCGAUUUACUUGGUGACACAUCUAUUCUGGAUGAUCUUUUUACUUCCCAGAGUAAUCAGCGGUCUGCUGUCCUGCCAAUGCCUUCUCAGUGUGAACCUGCAAAAAUCAAACUAGCGCAUCGUUCUAAAGACUUCUGGGAUAUUCUUAAUGAACAAAAUGAUGAAAGUAUCAACAGACUUACCGACUUGUCUGUAAUUAAAAAAGUGUCUGAGACUUCAUCUUUGCCUUCUGUGUCUAAAAAGGACAGCUGGAAUGAUUCUCUCUGGGUAAAGAAUGAAAAGUUCUUGUGGAGGAAGAAGGAAAAUACAAAAGAAUGACCUCAGGAUUGACCACAAAAAUAAAAUCAUAUUAACUGGGGAACGAGCAAAACACUUACCCUCCUUUUUAUCUUUUUAGGUGCAGAUAUGUCAAUUCCGGGAAUGCUGUUCUGACAUCAGAGAUGGUCACAUUGCUUCUCAGACUGGCUGAUGUAUACUUUGCAUUUGAUAGUCCAAGACUCUUCCUGCUGAUCUUGGAUUGGCCAGCACUGCUCACAUGAACAGUGCUGGCCAAUCAAAGAGCAGGGCUGGACAAAGUAGGAAGUGUCUUGGGCUACCGAUUCACAAUAUGUAUCAGUCUGAGAAGUUGUGUGGCCAUAUUGGAUGGCAGAAGAGGACCCUGGGAAUUAGUGGCUGUACAACAAAAAAAAUGAAAAGGAGGGCAACAGGUAAGUUUUCUGUUUAUUCCCCAGUAAAUGUGAUUUAUUUAUUUUUUUUAUAAUAUUUUUUUUAUUGCCUUAAAAAUUAAAUGUGAUACACUUAAAGAGGACAAUGAUUUGAAAAUAGUUUCUUCAUUUUGAAGAAAAUGUGCCACUUUUGUCCAUGGUCUUUUUCUGGUAUUGCAGUAUGGCACACAUCAAUUAAAUUGGGCAGAGCUGCAAUACCGCCUAGGAAUAAGAGUGUCAUGGUUUCUAAAAAAAAAAAGGCAGAUUUUAUUUUUUUAUAAACUUUUGCAGUUCCUUCAAAUUUUGCCCAGGACUCAAAGUAUCCUAUAAACAUUUUAUUGUUUUUACUUAUUAAUAUUUUAGUUUUGUGAAGAGUCCCACAUAGUUGGCUUUUUAUUUUUAUUUUUUAGGAAUGAGACUGUGUUCAUACUGUUUUUAUUUUACUUAUUUAUUUUUCACCUUUCUAGUUUUCCAAAUUUCUUUAUUUUAAAUUACUGUACACAAGCGCCAGGUAUAUGCAUAGAUAGUGUAGAUUCAAUCUGUCACCGGGUUUAUUCUGCCCUAUCUGCUGUAGAGACCCUUGUUCCAUCACUGGGUAAUUUACUUUUGUUAGUGUCAGUAAAUUUUCACAAAAUCUGAAUCAGACUAUUAGCUGCAGCUGGAGCCAAGACUAGUCCUCGAUAUUCCUCGAUAUUCAACUGGUUGCAGAAACUUCUCGAUAUUCAUGAGCAGCAGGCUCCCCCAGCCCACCUGUCAGUGAUUGACAGCUUUCUCCUUAUGUACAAUAAUGGAAGAAAGCUAUCAUUGACAAGUGGGCAGGGGAGUCCAUUGCUCAUGAAUAUCGAGAAUAGCAGAGGGCAUACAGCAUUGAGAAGACUACAACCUCUGUUUCCACUACAAGUGAUAAACACUGAUUUUAUUAAACCUACUGCACCAACAAAAGUAAGUGGCCCAGUAAAGGAAUCAUGGUAUCUGUCAUUACUUUAGGUUGCCCUCAGAUAGGGCAGCAUUUCCAUACUAAGCAUAGGCGCUUUAUUGUGAUAUAUUUAGUUAAUAAGCAAAUAAGUUUCCAGUUUCUCCAAGGCAUUACACAUGUUAUGUUAUUUAGGCACAGAACAGAGGUUAUAUCGGAGAUAGAGUGCUAAAUGAGAGAGCAUGACCAUUGUACAGCUUCUUUUAUAUAAUUCUGCUGACCAGAACUAUAUAUGCAGCUCCAAAACAAAAAUGUUGACUAUCUAUCAAGCUGUACAAUCUGCUACUUUUAUAUCUUAAUUUGAACAAUAAUUGCUCCACCUAUGUAGUCGGCCUACAAUUCUACAGAAAUGGCACUACAUAGUUAUAUGAAAACAUGGACGUACUCCAGAAUCAUUAUUACAUGGGAUAUGCGAGCAAUUACUAAUACAGGAGAGGUGACAGGUCCUCUUUAACCUAUUAAAGCAAGGUAAUAUGUAAACCUUGUUGAGUUUGGAUCCACGCAAGGUCUUGAUGAAGACACUACACCUGCAGUGAAUCUGAAGGGGACAUGUCAUCCGUAUUUCUCAACAGGUUUCAAGCUUGUAACAUCAAUAGACUGCCGGAGGAUGCGCCUAAUUUACAACAAGGCCUGCACCUCAUCAUAAAUUAGGUGCAUCCUCCGGUAGCACAAGACCGAUGCAGAAAAUGCCAGUCUUGAUAAAUCCCCCCUUCUAAGAGGUCUCUUUUAUUAAAUAUGAUUAUAAAUCACCAUGUCUCUGGAGCUCAUGCUUCUGUACAUUUAGGCUUGCUGUACGGAAGCAUGAUAAUCAUUGCAUCCAGCACCAUUGUAAUUGUGCUAUCACUUGGAUAAAGCCCAUGAUGAUGUACAGUAGCUUUUUUUUUUUGUACUCAAGAGAUCAAGAUUUCUUGAUACAUAUGUUUCUGUGUGAUAUUGUCACAAUUGUAUUUCAAAUUGUCAAUUUGGAUAGUAGCAUCUUGUUAAAAACUGCUAUUAUUUAUUAAAAAAUUGC